UGGAAGCCGCCCCGGGGCCGGCCCGGAGCCCCCCGCAGCCCCGCGCCGCCGAGCCGAGCCCCGCGGCCGCAGCCAUGGUGCAGCAGACGGGCACGGCGGAGAAUACGGAGGCGCUGCCCGCCGCCGAGACCUCGGCCGCCGGGGUCGGGCUGGAGCUGGGCAUCGCCUCGUCGCCUACGCCCGGCUCCACCGCCUCGACGGGCGGCAAGGCGGACGACCCGAGCUGGUGCAAGACGCCCAGCGGGCACAUCAAGCGACCGAUGAACGCCUUCAUGGUGUGGUCGCAGAUCGAACGGCGGAAGAUCAUGGAGCAGUCGCCCGACAUGCACAACGCCGAGAUCUCCAAGCGGCUGGGCAAGCGCUGGAAGCUGCUCAAGGACAGCGACAAGAUCCCCUUCAUCCGGGAGGCGGAGCGGCUGCGCCUCAAGCACAUGGCGGACUACCCCGACUACAAGUACCGGCCCAGGAAGAAGGUGAAGUCGGGCAACAGCUCCGCCAAGCCCGCAGACAAGGCGGACCGGGCCGCCGGCGGGGGCGGGGGCGGCGCCGGGCCCGGCGGGGGCAGCGCGGGCGGCGGCUCCGGCGGCGGCACGGCCAAACCCGCCCCGAAGAAGGGAGGCGGUGGCGGCGGUCCGCGGCCCUCCCCCGCCGGCACCAAGCCCCACGGCAAGGCGGCGGCGGGCGGCAAGGCCUCGCCGCCGGGAACCGGCGAACCGACGGCCGCGCCCACCCCUCCGCCGCCGCCGCCGCCGCCCGAGCACCAGGCGCUGUACAAGCCGAGGGGCGCGCCGGCGGCGCCCGGCAAAGCGGCGGCCGAGAGGAAGCUGAAGCGCGUCUACAUCUUCGGCGGCGGAGGGCCGGCGGCGGCCGCCUCGGGCUCGCCCGGCGGCGCCGUGCCCGGCAGCCCCACGCUGAGUAGCGCGGCCGAGGCCGGCGACCCGCUGAGCCUCUACGAGGAGGCGGGCGGCGCGGCGCGGCCCGACGGGGACUGCCCCUCGCCGCCCGGCGCCCGCUCGCCCGCCGAGCACCGCGGCUAUGCCGCCCCGAGAGCCGCCUCGCCCGCCCCCUCCACGGCGCGGUCCUCCUCCGCGUCCUCCCACUCGUCCUCCGCCUCCUCGGCCGGCUCUUCGUCGUCGGACGACGAGUUCGAGGACGACCUCUUGGACCUGAACCCCAGCCCCGGCUUCGAGAGCAUGUCCCUGGGCGGCUUCGGCUCUUCCGCGCUCGACCGGGACCUGGAUUUUAACUUGGAGCCCGGCUCGGGCUCGCACUUUGAGUUCCCGGACUACUGCACGCCGGAGGUAAGUGAGAUGAUCUCGGGGGAUUGGCUGGAGUCCAGCAUCUCCAACCUGGUGUUCACCUACUGAGGCGGGGCGGCCCGAAACCGGCGGCGGCCGAGAGGACCGCGGGAGCGCCGCCAACCGCUGUGCCACCGCCCGAGGACGGACUGAGGGACCGCGGU